ACAAGUGAUUUGAGACUGUUUAGUAGCUCAGAUCCCUUGCAGCGGUUUGAGAUUGAAGAGAUUAUGUAGGCAAAGUCUUCUGCGUGAGCUCUUCAACCCCAUGAGAGGAUACAUAUGAACUGGACUGUCCUACAGCCUGUCUUUACAGGCUCCGAAAUUCAAAAUAUUGAAAUAUUUUGAAAUUAUUCGAUUAGCUGCUAUCCUUUGGAUACAGAUAACUCCUUCACUAAAGCGUUAGGGAUAAGCAGCAGGAGUCAGUUUUAAUAUUAUCAUCCCCAUUCCAAAAUGGACCGAGAAAUCAUAUAACUUUCUCCCGCCAGAAAGUUCAAAUAAAACGCGCUAAAAAAAAACCCAAACAAACAAAAAAACUCCCAUUUUUUCCGCGGCGGGCGCAAGGUGACGGACGUAGAUUCCUGCCAAUUGUAGGAGGCUUCCUCGAGCGCGGUCCCGCCUCGUCAGUAUGAACGACCAGCCAAUGAGAGCACCGCUGCUUCAGCUAGCGGGGGACCCAUUGAAGAAGAAGAGUGGGUAUUGGCCACAGCGUAGGGCUUCUGUCCAAUAGGAGCAUGCCUGCCGGCGGCUCUGGCGGGAGCUUGAGCGGCUCCGGAAGUGGCAGUUGGCGUAGGUGCAUUCGGAGUUCGGCCGAGGUAGCUACCGAGUCUUCGGCGGGCUCGCGAGCCCGGCCGCGGCCUACUGGUUUCAGACGGAGUCUUACUCUCUCUCCUGGUCUGGAGUGCAGUGGCGUGAUCUCGGCUCAAUGUAACCUCCACCCUCCGGGUUCAAGGGGUUCUCCUGCCUCAGCCUCCCAAGUAGCUAGGACCACAGUGAUGGCUCAUGAAGCAAUGGAAUAUGAUGUUCAGGUGCAGUUAAAUCAUGCCGAACAACAGCCAGCUCCCGCUGGCAUGGCCAGCAGCCAAGGGGGACCAGCCCUCGUCCAGCCUGUUCCUGCUGAUGUGGUCAGCAGCCAGGGGGUACCAUCCAUCCUCCAGCCAGCUCCUGCUGAGGUGAUCGGCAGCCACGCGACACCACCCCUGCUCCCCCCUGCUCCACAACUGUCUGUUGACCUGACAGAAGUGGAGGUCUUGGGAGAAGACAAUGUGGAGAACAUCAAUCCAAGAACUUCAGAACAACAUAGGCAGGGAUCUGAUGCUAAUCACACCAUCCCAGCAUCUUCGUUGCAUUCAAUGACCAACUUCAUUAGUGGACUGCAGAGACUUCAUGGCAUGCUGGAAUUCCUGAGACCUUCAUCUUCAAACCACAGUGUAGGGCCAAUGAGAACAAGAAGGAGGGUAUCUGCUUCACGGAGGGCAAGAGCCGGAGGGUCUCAGAGGACAGACAGUGCCAGGUUGAGAGCACCAUUGGAUGCUUACUUUCAGGUGAGCAGGACCCAGCCUGACUUGCCAGCUACCACUUACGAUUCAGAGACUAGGAAUCCUGUAUCUGAAGACUUGCAGGUGUCUAGUAGUUCUGAUUCUGACAGUGACAGCUCUGCAGAGUAUGGAGGGGUUGUUGACCAGGCAGAGGAAUCUGGAGCUGUCAUUUUAGAAGAGCAACUAGCAGGUGUCUCAGCAGAGCAAGAAGUUACAUGUAUUGAUGGAGGCAAGACCCUCCCCAAACAGCCAUCUCCCCAGAAGUCUGAGCUUCUGCUACCUUCUGCAUCUAUGGAUGAGGAAGAAGGGGACACUUGUACAAUAUGUCUGGAACAGUGGACCAAUGCUGGGGACCACCGGCUCUCAGCAUUACGCUGUGGGCAUCUCUUUGGGUAUAGGUGCAUUUCCACGUGGCUUAAAGGACAAGUACGAAAAUGUCCCCAGUGCAACAAGAAAGCCAGGCACAGUGACAUUGUCGUCCUUUAUGCCCGAACCCUGAGAGCUUUGGACACUAGUGAACAGGAGCGCAUGAAAAGUUCCCUACUGAAGGAACAGAUGCUAAGGAAACAGGCCGAGUUAGAAUCAGCACAGUGCCGACUCCAACUGCAGGUCCUCACUGAUGAGUGCACUAGGCUUCAAAGGCGUGUUCAGGACUUGCAAAAACUUACGUCACAUCAAAGUCAGAAUUUACAGCAACCCAGGGGCUCCCAAGCAUGGGUCCUGAGCUGCUCACCCUCCAGCCAGGGCCAGCACAAGCACAAGUACCACUUCCAAAAGACCUUCACAGUAUCUCAGGCAGGAAACUGCCGGAUCAUGGCAUACUGUGAUGCUCUGAGCUGCCUGGUGAUAUCACAGCCUUCUCCUCAGGCCUCUUUUCUUCCAGGCUUUGGUGUUAAGAUGUUGAGUACUGCCAACAUGAAGAGCAGUCAGUACAUUCCGAUGCAUGGCAAACAGAUCCGUGGACUGGCAUUUAGCAGUUACCUCAGAGGCUUGCUACUCUCUGCUUCCCUAGACAACACUAUUAAACUGACCAGCCUGGAGACAAAUACCGUGGUCCAGACUUACAAUGCUGGACGUCCUGUCUGGAGCUGUUGCUGGUGUCUUGAUGAGGCUAACUACAUCUAUGCUGGACUGGCCAAUGGUUCAAUUCUGGUAUAUGACGUGCGAAACACGAGCAGUCAUGUGCAGGAGUUAGUAGCUCAGAAAGCCAGAUGCCCGCUGGUCUCCCUGUCAUACAUGCCCAGAGCUGCCUCAGCUGCAUUUCCAUAUGGUGGGGUGCUGGCUGGAACCUUGGAGGAUGCUUCAUUCUGGGAACAGAAAAUGGACUUUUCUCAUUGGCCUCAUGUGCUGCCCUUGGAGCCAGGGGGCUGCAUAGACUUUCAGACAGAGAACAGCUCCCGGCACUGUCUUGUGACCUACAGGCCUGAUAAAAAUCACACCACCAUACGAAGUGUGCUGAUGGAAAUGUCCUACCGACUGGAUGACACUGGAAAUCCAAUCUGCUCCUGCCAGCCUGUACAUACAUUUUUUGGAGGACCUACUUGCAAACUAUUGACCAAAAAUGCCAUUUUCCAAAGCCCAGAGAAUGAUGGCAACAUCCUGGUGUGUACUGGGGAUGAAGCAGCAAAUUCUGCCCUGCUGUGGGAUGCUGCCAGUGGCUCGUUGCUCCAGGACCUACAGACCGAUCAGCCUGUGUUGGACAUCUGCCCAUUUGAGGUGAACCAUAACAGCUACUUGGCUACCUUAACAGAGAAGAUGGUCCACAUCUAUAAGUGGGAGUGACUGGUCUCGAAACCUUGAAGGCAUGCUGCUGGUUAGAUGUUGUUUGCUAGCGCCUAGCAGCCCCAAGCAAGAUCCCUGUUUAUUGUCUGCAGUCUAGAACAUUGGGAAUCAUGGUUUGUUUGCAUUAGUAUGAUUCUAGGACUCUAGGUCACUGAGACACUACAGAUUGUGUAUGUGUUAUGUCCACUAAAAGAGUAAUUGAUGGGUACUUUAUCUACAUUAUCCAUAUCUUGGGUUUAAAGCCUUCAUUAACCAUUAUUGUAUGUUGGAAAUUCUUAUUUUCUUUAUUUUCUGUGUGACUUUCUGGACCUUAGAGAGUGUCCUCUCAUCAUCUAGGAUGUGAGUGGGCAUCAAGCAUUUUCUGGGGGAUAUGACAUCCCAUCUGAGUUGUCCUGUCACUUAGGUAUCCUUGAAGGGACUAACCAUCGUCUUGAUACUGAUUUGAUGCAACGUAGAUGUAAAAGAGUAUUAUUCAGUUGAACACAAGAGGGCACUGUAGAACCUUGUGUCCGGUUUAUUUCUGACCUUGAAGGCUGACAAUGUUUUAGUAACUUGUCUCAUCUCCACACAAGUGUGUGAUAGAGCACACCUGGGUGUGCUUUGUGGCAACAACACUUGUGUUCCAGGUGUGAAGUGCUGGGACACUGGCAGGCCCAGUGAUGGAAGCAGCUAGUGAACGAUUCCCUUUGCUAAUGCCUAGUGCAUUAAGUUCAUUGCUUUGGGAAAGGUAAGGAAAAAGGCCAGUUGUUUGAGCGGUGGGGAAGAUUUUGUUUUUUCUAGCCAGCUUAGGAUCUCAGGAUUGGUUUUAUCCAAGCUAGUGCUUUGAAGAACACUCUCUCUCGCCAGGAAAAGAUGAGUGAUAGGUCAAAGCUUUUACUUGAGUCUCACCUAGUGUCAGAGAUCAGGAGAAAAGACAUAAGAGAAUUUACAAAAGCUAUUCAGACUGCUAUUGAAAACAUGAGAAGAACUUGUCUCCCAUUUUGAGAGUUCCUAUCUAAAUAAACCCAAUCCCUCAGACUGAGGGGCUGCUCUUAAGUGUUCUUUAUACAUUCCAGUUAUCCAAUUAAAGCCUUCCCCAUGUGAAGCUGAUGUUUGAUUCCAGUUUCCUUUGAUUUGCCUCCCUAACCUUUUCUAGGGCUCAGUUUGUAUUUCUUUGCCUUGCCUCAGACUACUUUGCCAACCCACUUCCACAACAGAAUAUGCUUCAAGAUGUGGGCAGGUCAGUGUCCUGUUCAUGGGAGAAAAUGGCUAACAGUCUGAUUUUCUCAAAUGAUUAUUGAAGAGUUGUUAUCGUUUUUGUUAUAAAACACUUCUGACCUGUCAAUUCAAGAGCUGUUUCUAGGAUCUUUCUCUCUGGCAAGGGGUUGUUGCACUAGAUUUCCCCAGAGUUCCAAGUUCUAGUUGUGCCUUUUAAUGACCCUUUAAUAUUUUAGGACAUAAUUUUUUCCUUUUUUAAAUUUUUUGUAGAAAUAGAUGUUUCACUACGUUGUCCAGGCUGGUCUUGGACUCCUGGCCUCAAGCAAUCCUCCCAUCUCAGCCUCCUAAAGUGCCAAGAUUAUAGGCGUGAGCCACUGCACCCGGCCCCUAUUUGAAGACGUCUUUUGUAACAGCUAGCUUCUAGAACCUGAGAAAAGCUCUUUUCUCAGAGGAGAUACUCCUUUUGAUAUGUUAAUGAUUAAGAGUGGUUGCCCAGGCCUAGUUUCAGUGGCAGAAUAGGAUUGGAAUUAAAAAGCAGAACUCAUCUGGCUUCAGCAGAUUGCCACCAAGAGGAUACAGGUGGUCAGGUCCUGGCUGGCUUUGUCUCUGGGCCUGGGCAGGCUUAGGAUUUGACUUUCUUUGAAGUACCUGAUGCUGAUUGAUUUCACUAAUAGUAGGAAGCAAGAGACUUAACUAUGAGGGACAUUAUGUGAAUCUUAAGUCUUACCAGUCCUUGCAUUAGUACAUUAAAUUUGGAUGUUUUGGAAGCAAAUUCAUAUGAUCGUGAGUGAUUUCUCCAAAGAAAAAAAGCCUUGUCCAGCCUGACCAAUAUGGUGAAACCCCAUCUCUACUAAAAAUACAAAAAUUAACUGGGUGCAGUGGUGCGCAUGCCUGUAGUCCCAGCUACUUGGGAGGCUGAGGCAGGAGAAUUGCUUGAACCCUGGGAGGCAGAGGUUGCAGUGAGUCGAGAUCGCGCCACUGCACUCCAGCCUGGGUGACAGAGCAAGACUCCAUCUCAAAAAAAAAAAAAAAAAAAUGCUGAUGCCAUUCCCAGUCCCCGUUGUAGGAUAUCACAUUUAUAAAUCCAGGCUUUAGUCUUCUGGGCUCCACCAGUUUCUGCCCCACCAUAUUCCUUUGUCACUACCUCUAAGUUUUUUUCCCCACUUGAGGAUUUGGAGUUAAACGAACCCAAAAUGUCUUGUCAUUGUAUGUAUUCUUGCCCCUGCUUUGAAAACAGGGCCAUGGGAACUCUGUUUAUGCCCUGUUUUAAUGUUUCUGUUUUAUGUUUUAAUGUUAAUAUGAAAAUAAAGAAUUUGCUAUGUAUAA